CCUAGCAUCUCUUCUUCGCUGUCUCUUCAACUGAACGAUACCCUCUGCUGUUAUAGUCAGUAAUCAAGUCAGGACUUCUGCAAUCAUGACUGGCAGGAAGUUUUUCGUCGGUGGAAACUGGAAAAUGAACGGCGACAAAAAGAGCAUCGAAGAGCUCGCCAAAACAUUGAAUAGCGCCAAACUGAACCCAGACACCGAGGUUGUGUGUGGUGCCCCAACCAUCUACCUUGACUUUGCCAGGUCCAAGCUGGACCCCAAGAUUGACGUAGCCGCACAGAACUGCUACAAGGUGGCAAAGGGUGCCUUCACUGGAGAGAUCAGCCCUGCGAUGAUCAAGGACUGUGGAGUAAAAUGGGUGAUUCUGGGACACUCUGAGAGACGCCAUGUGUUUGGAGAGAGUGAUGAGCUGAUUGGUCAGAAGGUGGCUCAUGCUCUUGAGAAUGGUUUGGGUGUGAUUGCCUGCAUCGGUGAGAAGCUGGAUGAGAGGGAGGCUGGAAUCACUGAGAAAGUUGUUUUUGAGCAGACCAAGUUCAUCGCAGAUAAUGUUAAAGACUGGAGCAAAGUGGUUCUUGCCUAUGAGCCGGUUUGGGCCAUCGGCACUGGAAAAACUGCAUCACCCCAACAGGCUCAGGAGGUGCACGAGAAGCUUCGGCAGUGGGUGAAGACCAAUGUUUCAGAGGCUGUUGCCAACUCUGUCAGGAUCAUCUAUGGAGGGUCUGUCACUGGUGGAACCUGCAAAGAACUUGCAUCUCAGAAAGAUUUGGAUGGCUUCCUGGUGGGCGGUGCUUCCCUGAAACCCGAGUUUAUUGAUAUUAUUAACGCAAAAGCAUAAAGAACUAAACAUCAUCAAUGUAAACUUCGUGGCUUUGGUCUGGUCUCCAACCCCUUUUUUCUUUAAAAAGUGUUAUUGUGAAUUUGUUGUCUGUUGUUAUAUUUUUGCAUUGUUAUACUUAAGGGACAGAUUGACAAAGAUAACACACUUAAAGGUUCUAUUCCACAUAAAGAUGUGCAAUCAAGUGUACUACUAAUAUUCCACACACGUGUAGUGGACUACAGACAUGUAUGAACCAUGCCUUUACUUGAAAAAUGUUUACCAACAUAUAUGUGUGUACAGCAUAAACAAUCUAAAGUCAGUCAACCUAAGUGUCUUUUUAUUCAAGUGAAACUACUUUCCAUGAAUGUGGUUAUCCCAAUGUUUUCUGGUCCCUGAAAGAGUUUUAUGUAAUCUCUAAAUGGCCUGUCCUGAAGGAGGCACUUAUUGUUUGUAUUUUACCAUUAUGCAUAAAGGAUAAGGCAAAAAUAUUCUAAUAAAUGUUAUAGCGGA